AUGAAUAUAAAUGGGCUUGAAAAAAUUUGUAAUUAAGCUACAAAUUUUUGGAAAUAAUAAUUCAUUUCAUCAUCUAAAUAAGAUUAAGACGUUUCAACCAAUGUUGGGUCGAAUAUCUUAGAAGAAUAAUCUAUUUUUGAGAUAUCUGCUAAAAAAACUGAAUAAUAUCUCUUCCCUGAUAUAGAAAGAUAUCACUUAAAUAUCGAAAAAUGUGAGCCACAAUUUCCUUAAAGUGUGAUCUAACAGCCUCAAUAAUUAGAAUUGGAAGACAAUUAUGAAGCCAGUUGUUCGCAAUGCUCUGAUUGUUAGAGCAAACGAAGAGAUAAAAAAAAAUCAAAAUCAAGAUCUUGCAAAUCAACAAAAUAGAGGUUUACCAUAUCCCAAGAAGCAUUCAUUAUGGAAUAAACAAGAAAGGGAACUAGCUUCACAGAUAUUGCUUAAUAAAUUCCAGGUUCAACUGUGAAUUAAGUCAAACAUCAUCUCCUGAAAAAACUUAAAAUUUGUAAUAAAAAUACUGAUCUUCAAGGAGACAAUAUUACUGAAAUUAUCUUAAAAAUUUAAUAAUUAUAACAAAAUGAGAAUAUAGAUAAUGCUGUUAAAAUUAAAGAACUUAAAGAACAUAUAUCUUUAGUAGAAAAUCAUUUGCAUCAAACUAAGCAAAUCAUUCUUUAAAAAUAUAUGGUAUUAUUUCAAUAAUAAUGACAAUGAGUAGAUAUCUUUUAUAUUU